AUGUCGAGUCCGCACGCGAUAGGCCAUGGCCCUCAAGGGAAUCCUGGUAUGGCGAUGAAGGGGCCUCCAUACCCUCCAGCCGGUGCUAGCAUUGGCGGCCGCGCAACCGCACCUGUGGAUGUCCCAAUAAGUGCUGUUUUCAUAGCUAUAUUCCUUGCCGGAGCUGUGUCUCAUUUCACCAUUUUUCGAAAAAACCUCAAACGCAACUACAAAUUCAUACCGUCUGCAGCAAGUGGUGGCUUCUGCAUGGCGCGUGUUGUUGCCAAUGUUCUCCGCAUAGUUUGGGCUGCUAAGCCGAUGAACGUGAACGUUGCAAUUGCGGCCCAGGUCUUCGUCGCCGCUGGUGUUCUUAUACUCUUCGUCCUCAACCUGAUAUUCGCACAACGACUACUUCGUGCAAGCCAUCCUAAGGUCGGCUGGUCUCGCCCGGCGUCUUAUGCCUUCAAGAUGCUAUACAUCCUCAUCGGUCUAACGCUUGUCAUUGUCAUCACGGCAAGCGUACAUAGCUUCUUUACUCUGAAUCCGAAUGCCCGACGAAUCGAUCGCGAUCUCCAGCUCUUCGGUGGUAGCGUGUUGACUUUUGUUGCGUUCCUUCCGUUGCCCAUCGUUGCAUUCAUCCUGGCGGUUCCCCGGAAACAACCAAUCGACCAGUUUGGCUCUGGGUCAUGGUCAGCAAAGGUUAUCAUCGUGGUCACCGCGGCUUGCCUGUUGACUCUUGGUGCGGGCUUCCGUAUUGGAGUAAGCGCCUCCCCCCCAAGACCUGCAAACAUUCCCGCUUGGUAUCACCACAAGGCCAGUUUCUAUAUCUUCAACUUUGUCCUCGAAGCUAUAGUUGUAUACAUGUUCCUCUUCGGCCGCAUCGAUCGCAGAUUUUAUGUUCCAAAUGGCAGCUCCAAGGAAAGGAACUACGCUGCGAACCGAACCCAACAAGGCCCGAAAGACUCUGAGAGGGCCACUGAUGACGACGAAGCAGGAACAAGCGAGAAAGUGUUGUCGUGA